AACACACGUCCGCCUCUUGAACAAACUCCAUAAAAGCAAGUUCGGGUUUCCAGGCUCUGAAAAAAAAUUUCCGAUUUACAAUUUUCGUUCAUAACGUAAAGCCGGCUUUUCAGACCUCUCUGAAGUGCUUAAUAUCUUUGAUACAAUGGAGCAGGAAUCGAUCAAGACUCCUACUUCCUGCAAAAGGUGCUUCUCUUGGGAGCGCAUUCGUUCUUUGCUUUGCUUUGCUUUGGUUAUCUGCCUCUUAACGUGCAUCGCUGUCCAGUUCAUCUUCCUCGUCUCGAUGCAUAGGCAACUUGAGCAAGUGGAGACCCAGCUCAGAGAGAAUACUAAAAUAAGCAGUCAAUGGGAAAGACGACUGACUAUUUCUGAGAACGAGAUAAAGGCGAUUUCCCAAACACUGAAUCACAGGAAGUGGGAGCUUAAGACAAAUCGUGCACGACAAAAGAGGACGACUAACCCGCAGGUUAAUUUGUCAGCCCUUGAUAAGAGGGUCAUUGCAGUGGAGAGCAGGUAUUAUAGCGUGCUGUAAAUUCAAAAGAUUUGUUUUAGCUCCGUGAUGAGCCCUAAAAUGGAAGCGUUUCGAUGAGUGAAUUAUUAGGGACUGUGCAAUAAUUACCUGGAGGGGGAGGGUUGGAAAAUUAGAGGGGGGCAUAGUACAAAAUGACACCAAGAGAGAAGGGGGGGUUGGCUGUCAAAUUUAAUACAUACGGGGGGGGGCACUACUUUUUCAUUCCUUUUUGCAAUCUGGAAAAGUAGUGGAAGAGUUAUUAGAGUUCAAAUAUCAAUACAAACAUUGGAAUAAAACUGACAAAUUUAUGAACGCUAAGGUGUUCUGACCUAUGAACUGUUGUUUUUCUAUCUGUCAUGCAGUAGGAAAGGAAUACCUCUGUUAUGUAUGUUAAAACAGUGCUACUUUAUUUGCACUAGGAUUUAAUAAAACAGGAAACUUUAAUUAAAAGUUGCAAAUGUAGCACUAACCGUUAUUCAAUGAAAAAGAAAGAUGCCAAUGUUAGCACACAUGGCAUCAUAAUUUAGCAGAAUGAAAAACCCAACUGUCGAAAUUUCAAUAGCAAUACAAAUUUAAAGUAUGGUAAAUAUAAAAUAGUAUGAUUAAAUUGAGCUUCCAAAAAAAAAAGCUCAAUCAGACAGGAAUUCCUGAGUUCUCACCCACUCAGGCGGGAACCUUAGUGCCAGAGAUACUGUAAAAGAUGAGGAAUCUCCCAAUUCAUGCGAAGACGACACAUGCUUAGAGUCCAGUGAUUCUGGUGACUCUUCAAAUGACUCUACGACAUACGUCGAAGAGUCAUUUAAAGUGAUGUUUGUACCGGAGGAAGGAAUCCAACAAGUAAACUAGGUAUGAGGGAAGCAAUGGGAGGAUUUUUUUUUCACGGGGGGGAUUAGCCUUAAUAUUAUCAUUAUGUGAGGGGGGUUUAAAUUGAUUUUUGCUUAAUGAGAGGGGGGUGACGUAGUUUUGGGGCAUAUUUCACCCCUUUCCCGGCCCCCCUCCCUUUCUAGGUGAUUAUUACACAGUCCCUUAAAGAGCAUCUUAUUCCGCGCCCUCUUUGUCUCUGAUCCCAUUAAGGAAAUCUAAGAAAGUCUUUGUUUCUGGCUUCCACGCCGUGGAUUCUGGAAUUCCAGCUACAAGAUUCCACAUUCUUUGUCAGUGGAACUUGAAUUCCGGAUUCCAAGCGUUAGUAGUAUUUUGGAUUCCUUAAGUUGUGUUCCGGAUUCCAAAGUUCCGGAUUACAGGUUCCACUGGAUAUAGGUGUAAAUAGGAAAAUGAGUUUGCCAUUUAAUAGGCCAUUAGCAGCUUUCCAUUCACGUGUUACACACGUGUUACAAAACCGGCAUAUUGGGAAGCAAACAUAGCAAACAAAGGAAAUUACCAAAUUACGCAUGCCUUUUGUUGGUCUUGCCCUAAUGCGACUUUUGCGUCCCAAUAUGCCGGUGUUAUGCCACGUGGAUGGAAACCUGCAAAGGGCUAAUUACUUGCUUUGUUGCAUUAACGGUUUUUGAGGUGUUCUUACCAAAUUUAAAGUAAAAAGUAGAAGCAUAAUUUCUGAAUUAUUUAAAUAAAAGGAACAUAAUUAAAAAAAAAACUAGCAUAAAUUGAGAAUAAUUUGGAAAAAAAAUCUGGCACUGCUAAUAGCAUAAUAUGCUUCUUUUACAAGCACAAUCGAUAAGGGCCUACACCAAAGCGUGCAAAACAUACUCUUUGAUUGUAGCACACGAGCAAACUAAUUCCAACAGGUGCAAGCUAGAGAAUAACAAGCGACGAUAGAGUUUAUUUACACGCGAACGCGAAAUAGCUUUGAUCUCUAAACAAUUACCAAGCGAGGCGAGGUGACCAAAAGACAGAUUCAGAAGGUUUGCAGAACUGUCGAGAAUUCUCCGAGCCCCUCGAGUGUCUAUAUGAGGCUAUGCAAACACGGAAAACGUUUUCUAUUGCUUAAAUAUAAGAGUCAUAUCUACUUCAACUUUUGGACUAAAUUUCCACUUAAUAACCGUCAACCGUCAAAAUUGGAAAAAAAUUACCAUCAACGGUCAAGGCUACCACCUCAUGAGACGGUCUCGGCGUCGGGGUUUAUAGCCUAAUUUUUAACGUAUAUCACUGGAAUCUGUUUUGAUGCAGAUGUCUGUUAGCCGUAUUGGAGAGAAAUUGGGGAGCUUAAGCAACGACGACGGUGACGUCAACGAGAACGGCAAAAAAUAAAAGGUUUAGAUUGACAAAACAACAACUCUGCAAGUGCAUCACGCUUUUUUGUACAUUUCUUUGCCGUCACUGCACGACCACAACGUGAAAAUACCUAAUUUCACGUUUGGUGGAGGACUUGAAGACAAGACAACGACUUUAUUUUUCUUUUCCUGAACUUCUAUAUAGCCUGCUAGAGUUCAACUCCCCCAAAAAAUUUGCCAACAUUUGACGAAUGGAACGAAAUGGAAUAUGCAAGAGCGAUUACGUUUCAAACCGUGGACCACCGUUCGACUUCAAAUUUAGUGACGUUUUCGUAGCCGUCGCCGUCUUUGUGAUUAACCUCCCUAUUAACCGUAGUAAAGCCUGAAAGUUUUAUCUUUUAUUCCUGUUUCAGAAUUGUUGAACUCUCCAAGGACUUGAGCCUGCGGUCGUCACUUCGAGGUUAGUAACCAUCCUACCAUUUUUGCAUGCUACCGCUGUAGUGUGUCUACUCACCUGACUGAUAAUGCUUUUAACCCUCGGAUGUACAAGGGGGAUGUAGAUGCCACCCCCUACCCCUCCCCCCCCAGGUUUUUCUGAGUUUUUUUCCUAUACAAUCAAACAUCGGCAGCUGAACCUUUCAGUAGCUGUUCGUUUAUCCCUCUCGCGCAUUUUGAGACAAGUUUAAUGAUGAUCAGGUACUAUAGUUACGAGAUAUGACGUCACAAAUAUAUAUAGCAGGUGGUCAAGUAAAACUUGUGGAUAAAAUAAAGCAAAGUUCUUAUUUAUGUGUUAUUUUACAUGUCAAGUACAAAAAAAUCUCAAUUCUCGCCGUCUUUACCUGAAUUCUAAUUCUUGGCAAAAUCCAAGAUGGCGACCAUGUUUGGUAACGUCACGGGCCUCCAGCAGCGUCAACACCCAUAAAAUAUACCUCAUCUUGUCAAGAAGACCUAAGGCUUUCAACUGAAGGUAAAAUCUUUUCGAAAUACUGCAACAUAGCAAAACUCAAGGGAGGGGUUUCCUCAAUCCCCCCUUUUACCACGGUGGGGGUAUGACUUAAGACGUACGUCCGAGGAUUAAUUAAUGAAAAUUGAGGUAAACUAUACCGGGUAUUUUUUACACCGGCAUGAAAACCACACCGAAUAGGGCUUCUGUUCACACUUAAGAACAGUGAUUUCGGCGCAAUAUAUUCAGUUAAGAUUGCGAAGCUGCGCCGCGCCGAUCUCUAAACUGGAGAGUCACAUAUCGGAUAGGUGUUCAUACUAUACUAUUGGAUAGCUUUUGCGCCGGCGCGAAAACCAUACCGGGUAGGGCUUCUGUUCACACUUAAGAACAGUGAUUUCGGCGCAGUAUAUUCAGUUAAGAGGGCGAAUCUGCGCCGCGCCGAUCUCUAAACUGGAGAGUCACAUAUCGACUAGGUGUUCAUACUAUACUAUUGGAUAGCUUUAACGCCGGCGCGAAAACCAUACCGGGUAGGGCUUCUGUUCGCACAUAAGAACAGUGAUUUCAGCGCAAUAUAUUCAGUUAAGGGAGCGAAGCUGCGCCGCGCCGAUCUCUAAACUGGAGAGUCACAUAUCGGAUAGGUGUUCACAUUCGUGUCGGUAUGGUGUGAACAUAGCCCUAUAAGGUAUUGCAGAAAACGGUUAUUUUAAUUAUAAUUAUCAAUUAUAAUUUAAUAGAGAGCUUUAAAUCUAGAUCUAGAGACGACCAGUCAUCAACGUUGCGUUGACUGGUUAAAAAACAUUUCGAGACGAAAAACAAGGUGCUUUAUGCAGGAAAAACUUCAAAGAGUAAGAUUUCCGCCUAACCCCAUACAUUUGGGUGGCUUGAUUUAAGUAGCAAUUUUUGGGGGUUUUCAAAACAAUCUGAAGAUUGGUGGUAGUGCCCGUAAUGUUGUUGGUACAGAUGGUCUUGCUUAGAGUUAUUAUUGUGCACAUAUAAAUUUUAUUGUUGAAACAGAAGAUGUUCUUUGGUGUCCAGAGUGUUGUUAGAAUGACUGCCUGAUGCGUUGCGUAAACGAUAAUGUAAACGACCUCAGAUGGUAUGAUGAAUAAACAAACACAAACAUCCAAUUUCCAAUGUUCUUAUUUUUCGUGUCAUAUCAUUUAAUCCUUACUGGAAAUUUUUUAAGGCUUGGAAAUGCGGCAUAGGAUUCUUUGGGGGUUAAGGUUUGGUCCAGGAGUUUUUGGAGUUUUGUUGGAAGCCCGAGGAAUUUUUUGGGUUUUGGUUUUUACCCCCAUUUGAUCAUCCCCUUCCCUUGAAAUCCUGUGUACAAUACCCCCCCCACCACCACCCCUGCGAUGGAGGGUCGACUGUAGUACAAAAGCAAUGCUUUUUUUAUUACAUUGUUACAUAGCUAGAAAAAUUCGCCCAGUCAAAUGAGUUCUUCAGUUCCUUGGUGCACGCUGAUCGACCUGCUGAAGUCAAGCAACUUACCUUUGCCCAACCUUUAUCCCCACUGCCUUGAUCUCUUGAGCAUUCGAUAAAUCAACAGUAAGUGAUGAGCUGUUUAUCAUUUGUUUGGUAAGGUAAACUCAAACAAGAAAAACUUUGGAAUUUGCCAUCAGAAACUCGUAGGCGAAUAAAUGUUAUUAAUAAAUUAGUUUAACAGAUAUGUAGUUUUGUUUUGUUUUGUUUUUUUCUUUUAUAGGUCGAGACGGACGAGAUGGCAUGCCAGGACCGCCUGGACCUGCUGGUAAUUUAAAUACUCACUGGACAGUCGCAACGUUUCACUUUUUUUUUUUUCAUUUUCAUUUUCAUUACCAUUCAGGAACGGUUAACCGUAAUACGCCACCUAUCCAGAGGCCGACGGCUAUCAUCUGUGAAAGGACGACUGUCAAGCAAACUCAUUCAUUAAGUGGCCCGGCUAAGUGGGUGAAUUGGAAAAAAAUUAUUUUACGCCACAAUUAAGCCGAGCUUCAGGAUACAGAAGGUUCCCUCUAUUGUGCUUCGACUGUAGAAAUUGAUUUAAUUGCCAUGGUGUUUCGAAUAGGAAGUCGCUCUUAAGAGGCUUGACUUUUCCCAUGUUUCAUCCUCUAAGUUGAUACCUUAUUAUAAGCUUAGCAAACACCAGAACUGACAUGAGAAACCCGUGAAAGUUUGUGUUCUCAGGAAAAGUUCUUUCUCCUUAGGGCGGGACGGUAGAGACGGGAGACAAGGACCCGCUGGACCACGAGGACUUACGGGACCAAGAGGUAGCCGGAUAUCAGAUAGUUUUUAAAACGGGUAGUGCGUUUAGAAUUACUGUCGCAAAGAUGAACGGUUGUUAACUCAUACCGUCAUAUUACAAACAGUAGGGUUGUAAUAUGUGGCUAUCUAUAAGAUAAGUCAUUAUUAGCGAUGAAAGCUCAAAGCAAGCAAUAUGACUGAAGACUGAAGCCUUCAACCAAGAUCUUCUAUUAGAAGGAUGAAAAGAAACAACGAAUAAUGUUUACAGACAUGUGAUUAUUGAAGGGGUUUUGUGGAUUACAUGCGUCCUGUUUCACGUUUAACCCUUAGCUUGCAUGCUUGAAAACCGCCGAUGAGGCAAUUUCAAUUUUUGUGCGGUGUAAGUGUGGACAGGAGCAAUAACAAUUGAAAAAAUGUCGCGCCUAGUUCGCAGGGGAACGCUUGCCGUACCGGCCGGUUGUGUUAACUGGGUAAAUUAGGACUUCUGGCAUUCUUCACGGUAUUUCAGAACAUUAAAGAGAAAAUAAACUGUUAGAAAUGAUUACCUUUCUCGGUCUGAAUAAUAAUCAACACCUGAUAAGUUACGUCGUGAGAUAUUGGAUAAAACACUUCAAGGUAUCAGCAAAUAUCCUGAUUCAAAGAAAGUCUAGAUAUAAUAGAAACGGCCCCCAUUUCGUAAUUGACAUCUACAAGAGCUAAAACACUUUAUUUUCACACCGCAGCAGAAUUAGCUCAGUCGGUAUAGCGCUUGACUGGAGAGCGGGAGGUCGCGGGUUCGAUUACCGGGACAGGACCAACACUCAGGGUCUUAAAUAACUGCGAAAUGAAGGUACUGCCUUUGCCCUCCCCUGCACAUGCCUAGACCUUCGCGUUGCUUGGAUGACUACUUAAAAUGGCGGUCCCGUCCACAGUCGUUGACACAAAAACGUGUUCAAAUUACUACUUUUGUGCUAAAUACAUUAACACUCAAAUAAAGUGCAUUUUUUUAAGGACAAUCUAUUUGUCGCGUCUUCUUAACACUGUGUGAUGUAUUUUUUUUCCCGCGCUUUGUAGGGAACGAAGGUCCAACGGGGAUUCCUGGGCCUGUGGGUCCUUCUGGACCUAAAGGAGAGAGAGGAGCUGAAGGACAGGCGCUGUCAGGUGUGACGUAUAACCGAUGGGGACGAACUAACUGUUCAGGAGAUGCCUCAGUUGUGUACACUGGUAUGAGGAUUACACGCACACAGCUAUUUCCAGAAAGGUUGUCGGAAAAAGUGCACGGGACAAUCCCGAGAGGUAUUGUGGGUUUUUGAGUUCACUGUUCUUAAAAAAAAGAAGUUUGAAAGAUUGGCACGAGAGGUCAUGGACAUAUGUUUGGGAGUGCUAAAGGAAAGCGACAAAAGUAGGUUCGACAGCCACAAUCCCGGGAACAGUGUAUUGAUCAUAUCCCAUAUUACCCACAAUACCUUUCGGGAUUCUCGCGUGCACAGUUUUUCCGACAACCUUUCUCGAAAUAGCUGUAAAUUAGAAAACGUAGAAUCCCAAGACGGCGACAGCAAUGAGAAUCUCAAAAAAAACAAUUAUAGCUUUAAAGCAGUUAAAGAACAACUUUGCAAUUGCAUGUCGCUCUUUUGUACAUUGCUUUGUCGUCACUGCGAGAAUACAACUUACGUUUUAUGGAGAGAAUUUCUUUUGGCUUCUUAACUGGGAAUUGUUUGUUUGUCAAUUUUUUUUUAAUACCAACACGGGAUUCCACAAAAAAGAAAACAAACCCUUCUACUUGAGAGAUUCCUGUUUGAGUUACCGUAAAAUUCCGAAACUAAGCCUCUCCAUGGAUAAGCCCCUCCAAGUAUAAGCCCCCCAAACCGGUAACGUAACAAAACCCUCCGUAAAAUCGCCCCUCCAAAUAUAAGCCCCCCGGGCAGGGUUCGAAAUUUACUUUUAUGUCCAGUUGCCCCUGGGGCAACCACAAGACUUGGUUUGGUUGCCCGUAGAAUAUUUUGGUUGUCCAAGCUCUUGCCCCAGUUCAAGCCAAGAAACUAAUACAGCUAGCUGUCUUAUGCGCCUCACUUAUUUCAUGUUUUUUGAUCCCAUCAAGACGAAAACUGUUGUUACCUUUUUCGCUCCCAAAGGCAGAUUUAUCUUUCGAAAACUGUCUGUAAUAACUGCAAAACAUAGCGUUUUCUUUCUCGUCAAAUUUCAGCCAGGGUCUUCUAGUCUUCCACGUCUCUUGAAAUGUACGACACCUUUUUCUUGAACUUUCUUGCGCCUUGCCUAAUUCUGCUGUAGAUUUUGCGACACCCGUCGCCGUAGCAUUGCUUUGAUCAUCAUCUUUCUUCGUGGCUUCCAAAUUGUUGUUAUCGCCAACGGCCUUCACUUUCUCACGGCCGAAGUAGCGGAAGAGGCUCAUGUUAACUAACAUGAUACCGGUAAUAAUAAGACGAAUGGUAAAUUGCCAUCGUCGAAACAAACAUGGCGGCAUCACGGAGCGAAUCUCACUAGUGCAUCAUGGACUAUGUUUACUGGUACCAACCGCUGAUUAAAGCACAACAGGCUCAUUCAAAUAAGAAUGUUGUGCAAAAACGAACUUCGGUUUCCAACGGUAGUGUACGUGAUACUUUAGUAUUUCUUCCGCGUUUUUUUUUUUUUCUUUCCACUAACUUAGUUUAGGUAUCGCUUACUCUCCAAAGACAACAAGCUGUUAUAUUUAUUCAAAUCUAUCAAGUCUUCAUUAUGGAUUAGUGCCACGACAGAUUGGGUUGCCCAAGGGGCAACCACUUAGCACAAUUUGGUUGCCCCAUCGUAAUUUUGGUUGUCCGGGACAACCGGACAACCGUUAAUUUCGAACCCUGCCCGGGGCUUGUAAUUGGAAAAUUGCUCUCAAAUACAAAGUAAAACAAAGCAAAAGCGGUAAAUUUAUUUUCAACUAUAAGGCUAGCCCAAUCGAUUUUGAGACGCAAAUUUCCCUCCGUAUAUAAGCCCCUCCAAAAAUAAGCCCCUCAAAAAGGGCCUUUGAAAAAUAUAAGCCCCGGGGCUUAUUUUCGGAAUUUUACGGUAACCAACUAGGAGACAAGGACCCAUUUUGAGGAAAGUUUAUCUUUCAUGUUUUCUUGCCAAAGACUUGCCAACAUUAACUGUUCAGGCUGUAUGACCUUAUCUAGGUGAGCAGCUUGUUCAUGAUUUACCUUAGGGGUGACUAAGUACAACGGAAUGGAACAGUCAAUUGUAAUAAAAAAAUAAUGUUCAGACAGAUGUGCUUUUCACUCUUUUAUUGCCCGUGUUUUGAUAGGUGUAAUGGGAAGUGGUUAUUAUGCGCACCAUGGUGGAGGCUCUAAUUUUGUUUGUCUUCCCAACAACCCUGUCUAUGACAAAUACAUCCAAGGCUGGCAGGGGACAGGAGCGAUAUACGGCACAGAGUAUCAGACAGACAAUUUCCCAGGCUUUAGCAAAAAUCUUAAUGACCAGGAUGCUCCUUGCGCCGUGUGUUACGUCAAGUCACGUGGUUCCCAAAUGAUGAUCCCUGCGACGAACAAGUGUCCCUCGGGAUGGACCAGGGAUUACCACGGGUAUUUGAUGACAUCUCACUAUGGUCACAACCAUGCCAGCGAAUUUGUGUGCAUUGAUGUUGAUGCUGAGGCCGUCCCGGGUGGCCAUCGUGACACAAAUGGAGCACUGUUGUACCCAGUGCAAGCUAAUUGCAAUCACGGUGUACCGUGUGUUCCGUAUAUUCACGGCCACGAAUUGGCAUGCGUAGUAUGUACCAAGUAGAAAGGCGCGUGUAAUAACGAAAAAAAAAACUCUAACCCCUAUAAAGGUAGCCUGCGAACGGCAGACGUUUCUUCUCGAUCGUCGCCGCUGAGGGACGUUUCGCGAGGACUUAGGAACGCCUUCGACUCAGCGACAGAAAUUCCAUACUGAUGACGGAAAAUCUGUCCAGAAUCCGGUCAGAAGCACUAAUUGGUCAACGGAGUAGUUUCAUUGUUUUAGCUAUUGUUUACGAGUGACAGAUAAAAGACAAAAGGACACAAAGGUCAAAUGUAAACGCGAUGAAUCUCAAACAAAACAGUCAAUAUUUGUGAAUAUAGUCUUCUCUAGAGGAAGAAUUUGAGUUUUGCUGGAGCUCAUUCACAGAUGAACACAACACUUUUCCAAAACCGACCAGGAGAAACGUAAACAAAUUUACAUUUGGAACCCCAUGACUACCGGGUUUAUUAUGUUAACAUUGAUUUACGUGAUCAGUAUGGA